UCAAUCAGUACAACAAUGGUACGAAGACACGACGAAAAGCCCCAUGACCAUGCUAAACUUUGGAUUGUUGAAAAGGGUACAAAUGCUGCUUUGGUCGUACUUAUUCCUUUCGGAUUGUUAAUCCCUAAUAGACUUUUCGACACAAUUCUUGCUAUUUUAAUAACAGCUCAUGCCUAUUGGGGCUUGGAAGCAUGCGUAGUGGAGUACGUCAGAGUGCUAUUGUUUGGGCUUCAACUACCUAAAGUUGCUAUGGGAGUUGUGUAUGCAGUGACGGCGCUCAUGCUUGGUGGCUUGUUGUUUCUGAACUUCAACGAUAUUGGUUUGUGCAGAGGGUUUUGGAGAAUUUGGAGAAACAUGAGAAAACCUGCAGACGGGCGUAAGUGA